GGCGGCGGCAGAAGCAGACGCUCCUGCGGCAGCGCCUGGACGGGACGGACGUCUCCCCGGAUUGCAGCUGAUGGCCCCGACGCUGCUGCUGGUGCUGCUGCUGCUGGCGCUGCUGCGGACCGGACACCCUUUGGGCAAGGCCCCUUCCCGGCCCCGCAGAGGAAUCCUCCAGCUGGCCGGGAUGAUCCAGUGCACCACGGGGCGAACUCCCCUGGCCUACAUUCGUUACGGAUGUUACUGUGGCUGGGGAGGCCACGGUUGGCCCAAGGACCAGGUUGACUGGUGCUGCUUCAAGCAUGACUGUUGCUAUGGAAAAGCGGAGGAGGAGAACUGUGCCCCCAAGACGCGGAGGUACCCCUGGGAGUGCCAGGACAGCGAAGCCGAGUGCGACGACAUUGGAGACAAGUGCCAAAAGAUGGCUUGUGAGUGUGACCGCGACGCAGCCAAGUGCCUGGCAAAAGCCCCCUACAACGUGACGCUUUUGUUCUGGCCAGACAGCCGGUGUGCAGAGAAGGGCCCCACGUGCCCAGACGACUGAGGCCGCCCUCGCAUGGCUUCCCUGCCUGUCCGCCUUUCCCCUCGGACGGCCCAGCCUCGUCCUGCUGCAGGGACUCGGCACCGCGAGAGUCUGCGGGCAGCUCUGGGGUCUCACUUCAAGGAUGUCACGCGACUCCCUUUGCUCCAAGGAGCCAUGGCAUGCGGGAACGAGGCUGGGCAAAGAAAGGCAGCUAGGGACAGUCAGAGAAAAGGCAACCUAGCCCUCAGCCGGAAAGUGGGAGGAGCAAGAGGGCUAAAAGAGCCCCUCCCUAGCUUUGGGGUUGUAAAGGAGAUGGGAGGGAAAUCUUAGGACUUCUAGGACGGGCGUCAGCCACGCGAGUGGACUGGAGAGGAAACACGGCCUGGGGGGCUAUUUCUACUUGACUCUAAAGCUGCAUUAACAGGUUCUUGCAGGUCUGAAAGUCCAAAUCUCUCCUCGCCUCCUUUACAAUCCACGAAAGUCGGGAGGGGCCCUUCUGGCCCCCUUGGCCCCCUCCUGGCCACUCCCACAUUCCAUCCCUGGACAGAAAGCAGGAGCACCAGGGUGGCAGAGCGGAGAACCGGUUGCAGGAACAUCACAAAGUUCAACUCCCUUCGUCACAGCCUGGCCAUGGAUAGGCACCAGGCAGCCAUGACACCUGCUGCUAUUCAGCCCAGCCUGCCUCACAAUCCAAACAAGAAAGGGAAGGAGGGAAUACUGGGCAAAAAAAACAACCAUCACUAUUUUUAGAAAACAUUAUUUAAUUUGUAAAAAUGUUCUAUGCAAAUUUAAAGAUCAUAUUAAUACAAA